CUCCUCAAGCAGUCAAGCCCCCUAAGUCUAUAUUUAAAAGGAUUGGAUUUUUUUAUUGUUGACACAAUCGUGGCAUACAGACCCUGACAUGUUUCUACAGUAGACCGUAGCACACCAGUUGCAUUUGAUCAUCAAUGGUAGCACUCUGUUCAAAUGACAGGGAAAAAAGCCCAAAAACAAGGAUGGAAACGACUACUGAUUGUAGGUCUGCUCAUUGUCUUGUUCUUGGUGUCCUUUGGUUUUGUGGUAUUGCCUCAGUUCUUGACAUACAACAUCCGAUAUAAAGAAUCCUUGGGAUACUUGACUUCGUUCUACAACCUUUCUUUAUUCAAGUAUGCAAGUCCACUCAAGGCUGGUGACCCGUCAGUUUUAACCACCUCUGUGUUAUACCACACCACCUUGAGCCUGCAUAACAUCACAGAGCUACGCGUUAAGUCACCUCUUAUUAACACGACAUGGCCUACCACUGUGCUAAACAAUGCUUCCACGUCUCUGACUACAGCAGCAUCGUCACAAGCGUCUUUCACCAAAUCUGAGUCCGUUUCUCUGCCACCUUCAAGCAAUGUUCCAACUUCUUCAUCGGCUUCCACGCGCAAGAAGUAUCUCAUCUAUUUGUGUGAUUCCAAGAAAUAUUGCUUCGGUCUGGGGGAUCGCCAGAGAGGACUAGUCAGCGUCUAUUUACUUGCGGAAGUGACCAACAGGACGUUUGGACUGGUGAUGACCUCACCUUCAAACUUUACAGAGUUCUACCAACCUUCUCUGGUCAACUGGGAAAUACCAGAGGCUGAACUUCUUGGAAAGUCUACCAUUGUUUUAGAGGGUCUAGGAGGAAAGACAGACUUUAAGCUUGAAUCCGACGAUUUCAAUGCCAACUUUACUCAAGAUGUCAUAUACAUCAGGACCAAUCAGAAAUUCCACUAUAAUCUCCUGAAGAACCCCAUCUACAAAGACAAGUUUCCAGAAUGGGCGCGUCCUCCUUACUGGAAACUUUACCAGACCGGCUGGAUGCGUUUAAUGCUGCCUACCUCCUCCCUGCGCAGUUACCUGAAUGAGAUGCUGGUUCGGAUCCACGACAUCAUGAGGGAAGAGCAUCAAGUCUGGGAGGUCAUCAACUCCACCGCUUGCUGCAUGAAAUCAGAAAAAUGCGCCAACAUUUCCUGCAAGAAUGAAAGUCUCCUAGAAUGCUGCAGGCACCCUGGUGCCACCAACAGCAGCUCCACCCCAACAGCUUGCUCAAAUUACACGUGUUCAAACAGCUCAUCUCGGUGUUCAAACUCUUCACUGACACGAUGUUUAACCAACACAUGUGCUCUUUCGCUGACCUGUAAUUCGUCCGUCUGCGACAGUGUCGAAUGUUCACCGGUGAUCAGACAAACAAAAUGCAUUGAUAAGCUCGGAAUGUUGAUUACAAAGUCUUCCGACGUUAACCGGACGAUUUCCAUGGCAAACAAUUUGUGCUUAUCACCGCCUUUGACUAAGCCGCUGACAGCGACGAGGGAGUCUAUCCGGAGUAGCAAGCACUAUGAGCCAGUGAACCUAAACAUGGUUUGUGUUCACAUUCGGUUGGGGCACAGUAAGACUAUGCCAUUUGAAAACAACGUGAGAAAUAAAGUGGGCGAAGAGAAAGCUGUUUGGAAGUUCUUAACUCCCUAUGUUAACAACGGUUCUCAUGUUUAUCUGGCUACAGACUCUGAAGAGGUUCGCCAAGAAGCCAAGAGAUUAUUUGGUUACAGACUACACAUUAGUACCAUACCCAUAGUACAUAUUGCUGCAGUACAGGAAGGACAGGACAAAGUUCUAGGCUUUAGGCUAACGUUAAUGGAACAGCUGCUUCUGGCCACGUCGUGUUCCACUCUAGUUGUUAGCUACAGUGGUUUCAGCAUGAAAGCUGCACAGUUUAGGUAUAUCAUGCAGCCAGGAAUCGGUCAACUCUUUAUCUACAGAAAUGCCAAAGUGUGGCCUGUGAAUGUCGGUAGUCUGCUUUGAUAACACUGCUUGAAGAGACUCAUUUCUUUGAUCACAUUGUUUAUAUCUAGGAAGAGACUCAUAGCUUUCAUUUGGAGUAAAGCGAACAACUUGGAACGAAUUCAGCGUUUAUAGGUGGAGUCACCGAACCAGGCCCUGCCUACAACUUGAGCCCUACAACUUGAGCCCUACAACUUGAGCCCUACAACUUGAGCCCUACAACUUGAGCCCUACAACUUGAGCCCUACAACUUGAGCCCUACAACUUGAGCCCUACAACUUGAGCCCUACAACUUGAGCCCUACAACUUGAGCCCUACAACUUGAGCCCUACAACUUGAGCCCUACAACUUGAGCCCUACAACUUGAGCCCUUGGUCAUUAGGAGUUUGUCGACUUAAAUAAUUCUGCGAAAAUUCCGAGAGUUGCUCUUUAAAAUCAAUCAAGGUCUAACUCCGUGGGCGUCUAGGUAUCUGAAAAGGACUUCAGUGUUUCACAUUAGAUGCCCCCAGAUAUUUUCUUUAUCGUCAAACUCUUGAAUCCUCCAGGGCUAGGGUUAAGCCUCUAUCAGAUGGUCAGUCCAAGGCGUCGCCACUGUUGGUUAAUUUAAUUUGGAUCAAUUUGAACCAUUUUGGAAUUAAUUGUUAAUUCUGAGAAAAAGGGCCAAAAUCACUGGAUGAAGGAAUAUUAGAUUCAAAUGUUUAUGAAUAAUGUUAUGAAUACUACUGAGAAAAUUACAUAAAUACAUUGGGACUAAAAUGGAAAUACUAAGUAUUAUUUUAUUUACUGUGUUUUUUUUUUAAUAUUCAUUGAACUAUCGCAAACAAUAAAAUAGAUGCAGUUUG